AUGGAAGUUUUCCCCUGGCUCUUGGUUUUGUCCGUGUGGUGGUCUCGAACCUGGGACGCGGGGAGCGCGGAUUCGAUCAUCCACAUCGGAGCAAUUUUUGAUGAAUCUGCCAAAAAGGAUGAUGAGGUGUUUCGCACAGCAGUUGGCGACCUCAACCAGAAUGAGGAGAUCUUACAGACUGAGAAAAUCACAUUUUCGGUGACAUUUGUUGAUGGCAACAACCCAUUUCAAGCAGUUCAAGAAGCCUGCGAACUUAUGAAUCAAGGCAUCUUGGCCCUGGUCAGCUCCAUUGGCUGCACAUCAGCGGGGUCCCUCCAGUCUUUGGCAGAUGCCAUGCAUAUUCCCCACCUCUUCAUCCAGCGAGCAACAGCUGGGACUCCAAGGAGUGGCUGUGGACUCACCCGGAGCAACAGGAAUGAUGACUACACGCUCUCUGUUCGUCCACCUGUCUACUUAAAUGAUGUUAUCCUGAGAGUGAUCACAGAAUAUGCCUGGCAGAAAUUCAUCAUAUUCUAUGACAGUGAAUAUGAUAUCCGUGGAAUACAGGAGUUUUUGGACAGAGUAUCUCAGCAGGGGAUGGAUGUUGCACUUCAAAAGGUAGAAAACAACAUCAAUAAAAUGAUCACCACUCUCUUUGAUACCAUGAGAAUAGAGGAAUUGAAUCGCUAUCGAGACACUCUUAGGAGAGCCAUCCUUGUUAUGAAUCCCGCCACAGCCAAAUCCUUCAUUACUGAGGUUGUGGAGACUAAUUUGGUUGCUUUUGACUGUCACUGGAUCAUUAUAAAUGAGGAAAUAAGUGAAAUGGAUGUACAGGAACUUGUAAGAAGGUCAAUUGGAAGGCUAACUAUCAUUCGGCAGACAUUCCCAGUCCCCCAGAACAUAAGUCAGCGAUGUUUCCGUGGCAACCAUCGAAUAUCUUCGACAUUGUGUGAUCCGAAGGACCCAUUUGCUCAGAAUAUGGAGAUUUCAAACCUUUACAUAUAUGACACGGUGCUUCUGCUUGCUAAUGCUUUCCAUAAGAAGCUGGAGGACCGGAAGUGGCACAGCAUGGCGAGCCUGUCAUGUAUCAGGAAGAGCUCCAAACCCUGGCAGGGGGGGCGGUCCAUGCUGGAAACCAUCAAGAAGGGUGGAGUUAAUGGGUUGACUGGAGAGCUGGAAUUUGCAGAAAAUGGAGGCAAUCCCAACGUCCACUUUGAAAUUCUUGGAACCAACUAUGGAGAGGAGCUUGGCCGAGGCAUUCGCAAACUUGGGUGCUGGAAUCCUGUCACAGGGCUGAAUGGGUCACUGACUGACAAGAAACUGGAGAAUAACAUGCGCGGAGUGGUCCUCCGUGUGGUGACCGUGCUGGAAGAACCUUUUGUAAUGGUCUCUGAAAAUGUCCUGGGUAAGCCCAAGAAAUACCAGGGCUUCUCCAUUGAUGUUUUGGAUGCCUUAUCUAACUACCUGGGAUUUAACUAUGAUAUUUAUGUUGCACCGGAUCAUAAAUAUGGCAGCCCACAGGAAGAUGGGACAUGGAAUGGCUUGGUAGGAGAACUAGUCUUUAAGAGAGCGGACAUAGGGAUUUCUGCUUUAACAAUCACCCCAGAUCGAGAGAAUGUGGUGGAUUUUACAACUCGUUACAUGGACUACUCGGUGGGAGUACUACUUCGAAGAGCUGAAAAGACAGUGGAUAUGUUUGCCUGUCUUGCACCGUUUGACCUCUCUCUAUGGGCUUGCAUUGCUGGCACAGUCCUUCUUGUGGGUCUGCUGGUCUACCUUUUGAAUUGGCUUAAUCCCCCACGAUUACAAAUGGGAUCCAUGAGUUCUACUACUCUCUACAACUCCAUGUGGUUUGUGUAUGGAUCCUUUGUACAGCAAGGUGGGGAGGUCCCAUACACAACACUGGCUACCCGAAUGAUGAUGGGCGCUUGGUGGCUGUUUGCUUUGAUUGUCAUCUCAUCUUACACAGCAAACCUUGCUGCUUUCCUCACUAUCACCCGCAUUGAAAGCUCCAUCCUGUCUCUCCAGGACCUUUCCAAGCAGACAGACAUCCCUUACGGCACAGUCCUGGACUCUGCAGUGUAUGAGCAUGUGCGUAUGAAGGGAAUGAAUCCUUUCGAGAGAGACAGCAUGUAUUCCCAAAUGUGGCGGAUGAUCAACCGAAGCAAUGGAUCAGAGAAUAAUGUUCUGGAGUCCCAAGCAGGCAUUCAAAAGGUAAAAUAUGGAAACUAUGCUUUUGUGUGGGAUGCCGCAGUAUUGGAGUAUGUAGCUAUCAAUGACCCAGAUUGCUCCUUUUACACCAUUGGGAACACUGUUGCUGAUCGGGGAUAUGGAAUUGCAUUGCAGCAUGGCAGUCCUUACCGGGAUGUUUUCUCACAAAGGAUCCUGGAGCUUCAGCAGAACGGUGACAUGGACAUCCUGAAGCACAAGUGGUGGCCAAAGAAUGGCCAGUGCGACCUGUACUCCUCAGUGGACACAAAGCAGAAAGGAGGUGCCCUGGACAUAAAGAGCUUUGCAGGGGUUUUCUGUAUCCUGGCGGCUGGGGUUGUCCUCUCCUGCUUUAUAGCCAUGCUGGAGACGUGGUGGAACAAGAGGAAAGGCUCCAGGGUCCCAUCCAAAGAGGAUGACAAGGAAAUUGACCUGGAGCACCUCCAUAGACGUGUAAAUAGCUUGUGCACAGAUGACGACAGCCCCCAUAAACAGUUUUCCACCUCGUCAAUUGACUUGACCCCUCUGGACAUUGACACUUUGCCAACACGACAAGCACUGGAGCAAAUCAGUGAUUUCAGGAACACUCAUAUUACCACAACCACCUUUAUCCCAGAGCAGAUCCAGACUCUUAGCCGCACACUGUCAGCUAAAGCUGCCUCUGGUUUCGCUUUUGGCAACGUGCCUGAGCACCGAACUGGCCCUUUUAGGCACAGGGCACCUAAUGGGGGCUUUUUCAGGAGUCCUAUCAAAACAAUGUCAUCUAUUCCUUAUCAACCAACUCCUACCCUGGGGCUCAAUCUGGGUAGCGAUCCAGACCGAGGCACCUCCAUAUGA